GGUUGGACUGGAAUGCGUCUUGGUGUUUGGGCCAAACUGUCCCGACACGUUACAGCACCUGCAGAUCACUGAGCGAGGCUACCUGACCACAGGAGGAUCCGGAGCCCUCUGGAUCUUUAACCAUCCUGCUUUCACCCGUUUGACUCGACUGAACAGCUGCAAUGAAUCACAGCAAGGUCGAAUUUGAGCCUUUUGAAUAUUCCUACUAUGACUAUUCAGACUGGUACUCGAACAACGCAGGGCCAACCCAACCACCCAAAGAAGUAAUUUCCCCAUGUGACCCCUCAGCGGACGACAAGCUCUUCCACAUAUGCAUGCUGUCGAUAUCUCUGGUGAUCAUGUUAAUCCUGGCAGCUCUCACCAGGAAAAACAAAUUCUGCCAGGGAUUUGCAAGAGGAUCCUCCAGUGUCUUCAGUCCAGUCAACUUCCUGGACCAGACUCAGAAAAAAGACCUGGUCAUGGCUGUUUUUGGACUGGUGUUCAGCAAGCUGGCAAUGCUGGUGAUCGCCCCGGACCCUCUGCCUUUCUCCAAAGACACUCCGGCGGACAUUAAAGAGUACAUGAAGAUAAUCGCCAUCUUCUACUAUCCAGUCCUGUAUUAUCCUCUGUUGGUCUGCGGCACUCUGCAGCACAAAGCGGGUUAUGUCUUCGGGACGCUCCUCUCCUUCAGUCACUUCGGGGUCCUGGUGUGGCAGAAGUUUGACUGUCCAAAGACUCCAGAGAUCUAUAAGUACUACGCUCUACUUGCAAGUCUACCCCAGAUGGCCUGCCUUGCAUAUCUCUGUGUCCAGUUUCCUUUGCUGUUUUUCAAAGGACCAAAGACUGACGAGGACCUUGACAGCAGCUACUACACCGACUAUGUGAAGUCACUUCUCAAGAAAAAGUCCUCAACUGCCAGCUCUUCAUCUGCAGAUAAACCAACGCUGGCAGAGAGAAUACUGGAGGUGCCUAAAGGUUAUAUUUAUAUACCAGAAAAAGUGUUUCGUUAUCCACUAAAGCUGGCUGUAUCGGCAUGUGUUGCCUUUGUGGCGAUAUAUUAUACGGCGCUGUUGUUAGUCAUCCUGGUGGUCCCCACUCUCCAUAUUGUUCGUGCUGGUAUUGAUGAAAACAUCGCCUUCCUGUUACUGGGGUUUGGGAUCGUCUUGUCAGACGACAGGAUGGAGGUCGUCAAAAUUGUGACCUUCUAUACGUGGUUGCUGGAAGUGUGCUACCUCUGUGCGAUGACCCUGUCUUGUUUGGUCAGUCUCAUCAUGCUCAUGAGGUCCAUGAUACGUCACAGGUCAAACCUGAAAGGACUGUAUAAGGGAGACAUAUACAGCAUUUAUAACAGCCAGAAGACCAUUCGUCCAUCCAAACCGGGUAUUGUCUGUUGGAUGGGCUUGAUAGGAUACCAGGCUGCGAUCGUCUGCCUCGGAAUGGCUAUUCAGACUGUUGUGUUUUUCAUCUGCUUCUUGUUCCUGGUGUUUUUGAUCAUUAUUCCUAUUUUUUACGGUCGUAAUAUCAUUGUCUUCGAAAUCGCGGGAAAGGCAUGGCCGGCCUGGGUCACAAUGCUGCUGGUUACAGUGCUUCAACAUGUGACUGCUAAGUUUGCUUUCAUCAAAAAGGAAUCUGGUACGAGAGACUUGAACAACAGGAAAUAUUUUAUGGUGAUUUCCAGAGAGAGUCUGUUCCUCCUGACAUACCUGCUGUUCCUGAUCAACACCAUGGUGGGAUUGAUAGUCGCAAUAUGGAGAAUGGUGAUAACAGCUUUGUACAACAUCAUCCAUCUUGGUCGUAUUGACAUCAGUCUGCUGCACCGCACUGCAGAGUCCUACGACCCAGCCUACCGAUACUACACCCACACCCUGAAGGUGGAGGUCAGCCAGUCACACCCAGUGAUGAAGGCCUUCUGUGGGCUGCUGCUGGACAUGAUGGUCGAGAGAGGCAGAGCUGGACAGAAAAUAAGAGACGCAGAGGAAGGGAUUCAAGAGAAUAGGCCGAGCGAGGUGACCAGCAGUCGGAGGAUACGCUCUCGCUGGCAGCUGCUGUACACGCUGGUCAACAACCCGUCCCUGCUGGGCUCCAGGAAGCACUUCCAGACACAGCAGACUUCGGAGAGCGUCCUGAACGGGACCCCCAACCACAGCUCCAAGAAAGGCAGCAAGAAGGAGGCCAACAAACCAGCCGCCGAGCCAGUCCAGUCCACUGAGACUCCAACAAACCAAGAUAAAACAGAUUGAGAUCCUUAAUGUGGUUGGCAGUUUACUCCAAACAAAAUCGUAUUUAGCAAGCAAGGCGCUGUGAGCAAAACAGUGUACACAAUAUAAACUUCUGGUCUGUUCAUUCAGUGGUGUCUAUGCUGCUUGUGAAGCUUGUGAGUCACGUUGGGUUGGGAGCAGAUGACACUCAAAAGUUCAGAGCAAGAAGGAAAUCUAGUUAUGCUUGAACUUGAAAACAUGGCCUGCAACCAAUCACAUUUUUGUUGGGCAGCUGCAGCUGAUGGUAUAUUUAAAGUGAUUUACUAAUCCAUUUGACAACUCUACAAGUUUGGCUAACCUGCCUGCACACAUUGUGGUGAUCCAUCCAAGCCUGACAAGAACUUGGACAAAACCUCAGAUUAGAUUCAAUGGCAACUUUUUUCUUUACAUCUAAUGCCAACAUUUUUAAAAUUCUCGAUUUCUACAGUAUCUGCACAUGGCAACAACUUUAUGGUUACGGGUAGGGAAAGUGGUAAUGGCACAUAAACUAUAGUUAAGAUAUAGUUAGGAUUAGGACAAGAUUGUGAUUGUGAUACCGGGCUCGGUGAUCAAUGCCAAAUGCAGAGUUGUUUUUGGUUGCCAACCUGCCAUUUUGUUGAGUGAACACUUCCAGUGUCAUCUUGUUUGGAGUAUACUGUCACUCUUAUUGACAUGAUGCCAGAUUUUUACACGCUUCAGAUGGUGGCACUAGAAUAAACCAAAACGUCAGGGUUUAUCCGAAGAGUCUUUAGUGUAGGUCACAUCAGGUACAUGGUGGCAUACUUAAAGCCAACAGCAAGUUUGUUGUUGCCAUAGUACAAUUUUUAAGCUUGAAAUGUGCUUCUCCAGUAACAUUCCAAUAAAACAGAGAGAUUUCUAUCUGCUACAAAUUGGUGCAGCCUUUAGAGUUCGUCUCCACCUGUCACAUAUCUGUGUUACUGAUGUAUUUGUCCUUCAUUACAGAUUGCUUCGGUAAGCCCUGCAAGCCUUGAUCACGCACAAGGCAGUUGGGCCAGAUGCCUCUUGGCCCCUGACCCUCCAGGGCCCCAAAAACAAUGGUUUCACAUGUAAAUAAAAGACUACAAUAAAAACUGGUGAGGAUCACUCACCAAGAAGCUAACAUGGGCACCAAUUCCAAAAAUAAAUAAUAACAAAAUGUAACUACUAAUAUGAGAUCCCUGAGGCUCUGACAAUACAAGUACAGCACCUUUCACCAUACUAUAUGAAAAGAAAACUCUCAUUGUGUUCUCCUUCUGCCACUCUGUUGAGGCCUUUUAGUAAUAUAUUGACAUGCACAAUCUGCCAGUGCUGAUCAAUGGCAGCAUCAGAACUAGGAUGGGAGUCAAUAAGAGGUUAUAGUCCAUUUUUGCCUCGGGUUAAUGCAGUUAUGUCGACACAUGCUGGUUCUCAACGUGUACUCAGUUCACCAUGCUUUCCAUGUUUUUCUCAGUCAGUCCAAUGGUGUACGAGAGGGUUUGUAAGAUCAUGGAGUGCAGAAAUGUAUCCACCAACACAGAACUAGGCAAUUUCUCAUUUAAAGAAAAAACAUGAAAAAACUGGAGUCACAAGAAUUUCAUACUCCAUUGUAACCGUUGGGUUAUAUGCGUCUAAUUACGUCUUAAUAUUAUUUGCUAGAAGUUUGUGUGCGCAGUUUCUACUUCUAUUUCAGCUAUGUAAUUAUUAUGGGAUGAAUCAUAUGAUGAGAUAUUGAGGUUAAUCAUAUUGCAUAUAUGCAAUCACAUUGCAUUUUUUCACGUAGACAUAUUAUAGUUUCCUGUUACACGAUGUAUUUCCUAUAUGCUAUUUUAACGGAUAUACGAAUAAUCUGUUUUCUGUAAUCUGUGACUGCUGAAGAAAAAUUAAGGGUUCAAAUAGGAGGUGAAGGUAUUCUGUUAAAUUUGUGAUGUUAUUUAUAUCCCAUUUUAAAAUUCUAAUAAUAUAAAAUGUGUAAAUACAUCAAAAUGUAUUGCUCUA